AUGAAGCACUUGUGGCAGAUUUCUGGCCUGUGGGGCUUCUGGGUGCUCGUUGUGUGGCUGAUGGCCCCCUGUCUGGAUCCAAAACCUGAAUUGGCACCUCAGGGAAAUCUGAUGGUCUUGGUACCAGGGCAUUGCAACUGCCGUUGGUUCAAACUCAGGAAAAAUGGCUGCCCAUCUGAGACACUAAACUCCUCCCUCUGCCACCGCAGAGUUGGAGAACGGGGCUGGUUUGCUGAAUGCUUUCAGAAGACGAUGGAGUACCUGGCAAUGAUGGCAACAGAGUCCAUGACCCCUGAUGCUGUGCUCUGGUGGCUGGGCAUGAACUCAGCAAGUGGGCUUGGCAUGUGGGAAAAGAUGUUUAAGGUGAUUCGCAGACACUCGGUGAGCCAUUUCCAUUUCUACUGUGGGACUUGUACUUUGGUGGGGAACUCCAAGAUACUGCGGGCCUCUGGCCUUGACAACAAUGUCAACCAAUGGACCCCAGCCUUCGGACACUUCAUCUAUCCUGGGAAUGCCAGCAGCCAGGGCUCUUGGAGACAGCUGGUGCUGCUGCUGAAGCCUUCUGGUCUGGCAUGGACUUCAGAUGCUCCAAGUGAGGACAUUUUGGAAGGUCAUUCAGUUCCACAAUGGAAUGGAAGACAGCAAAGACCAGGAUGCCUGCUUUGGAUUUGGAUCAGAAAAGCAAAGAAAGGGGUGCAAUAACUGGGAGGCUGUUAAUCAGACCAAUGGCUACCAGAAGCUUCUGUACAUGCAGAGCAUGGAAGCUGAAAUGGAAAUUAGCUAUAGUGUGUUGGGCAAACUCACUGUCCACACGUGACACCCUGCAGAGUCCAUGAAGGUCCUAGUCCUUUGGACCUCAGCAAAGCGGGU